CCCUGGUGAACGUAGAUCGUGGGAGUGGCUAUGUCCAAGGGUCGUAGCUUUCACUUGCACUGCAUCUGCAGGAACAUAGCUAGGGCUCUCUGGGGCACCUGUUCUGCGAGGAGGAGAUACUGUCCGUUUGCCGUUGCUUUGAUCCUCAUCCGUCCUUGGUCUUCCUGUUCCCCCGCCUGGCACGCGCACGUGUGCGCCAAUGGCGCAUGCGGGUACGCAGAGGGAUACGCUGAUAUAGAAUUGUUGCCUGCGCACGCGUAGUCAGAGAAUGCGCAUAUUCAGCACUUGUGCUCACGCUACCGAAUAGUUGUGCACACGCGUACCCAUACUGACGUCCGCGUUGGCUACUGUGCAUCUAACUACGUUCGCAGCCAAAGUUCGAUGAUCAUUUGGAUAUUUCAGCCGUCGCGAUCUGGUCUGCUCGCGUCUGUGGUUCAAGCGCGCAUUGCCGUGCCCGCCCUCAGUGGGUCGCGUCACGAACCCGCAGAGGUUUUGCACCGGACGCAGGCGCACCGUCGCCCGGGGGCUGCGACGCGGCCACCGGGAGCGCGCCGCCUCGGGGCGGCGCGGCGGGCGCGCGCAGGAUUCCUGUCCACCGCUUCCUUGGCAUUCGUGUCGAUUCCGACGAAGCGCACGGAGCAGCAGGCGCCUUCUCCUUCCGCAGCUUUUUGUUGCCCAGGCACCCUGGCUGCCCGAGCCGUCCCACUCGCAGCCCCGCGCGGCGCCAGCUGCGCCAAUGGCCGCCCCGCUGCGGAGGCCCCUGCUCUCGCUGCUGCUCGCGGCCGCCGCGCUGCUCGGUGGCGUCGCCUUCCUGGGCGCCCCGCGGGCCGCGCGGCAGGCGCCGGCCGCCCCGGCCGAGGCGAGCCCCGCCCUGGCCGCCGCAGCCCUCGCGGGAGCGCCCUCGGAGGCGCUCGCGGCGGCCACCCUCGGCGGCGAGGGCGGCGCGCUGGGAGUGUCUUUCCUCAGCUGGAACGCCGUUUGGGCCCUCGUCGCCCUCGCCCCGGUCGGCGUCAUCUUCGCGGGGGCGUUCGCGAGCGGCUUCCUGGGCCGCGCAGAGACAAUGCUGGACGUGAAGGCCAGGCCCGGCUACAAGAAGCGGGAGUUCCGCCAGCCCGGCCAGGCCAACCCCACGGACGACAAGGCGCCGCCGGACGGCAACAAGUUCAUGCCCAAGAUCAACACGGCCAGCAUUAUCACGAAUUGAGGCAGCCCUGCUCUGUCCAGGGUGCGGUCCGAGUAUUUUUAGAGGCGCGAUGUCCGCCAGGUGCUGAUUUUCGGGCCGCCGGGUGCGGGAGAAACAGCAAGCACGGCAGACCAGCACGGCAGUCCACAGGAGCACGCCAGACCAGCACAGCAGGCCCCCCUGUAGACAUGUUUGGCUCCAGCGAGUGCAGGCGCGCGCCUCGCGCCUCGAGCCUCGAGCCUCGAGCUUUGGCUACCUUGUGUCAGGAGGAGAAAAAACACAC